AUAGAGAGAAACAGAAGUUUUCCAAAACAAAGAGUUCCCUGGUUUUCUGUUCUUCAAUGUUAUUUUGUUUGGACUGUAUUAUCGCUAUUUUUCGACAACAGGACGUCAAAAAGAAAGAAAUACUUGUUUGACAACGAAGCGAACAAGUAAGGGAUGUGUGGAAAAUGAAAGCUCAUGGUCGACUGAUUUUUGCCAGCCACCAGGUGACUUCAUAGUUUAUUACGCGGAGCUUGAUCUUAAAGGUUUCGUUUUGUACUUUGGAUAACUCUUCUAAGUUCUACAUGUCCCAGAGAAACCCGCAAGACUUGUGGAUAUUAGCAACUGUUUUGUUUUUCUUUGGAUUUAUUUUGUCUUAAUUUUACUUCGUUUCGGGAUAUCUACACUGAUUUUAAUUUACCAAUGGGAAGUUCUACAUCGAAAUUUCGCAAAUCCCUUCAACGCGGAGAAGGAGUCGAAGCCAUGCACAUUUAUCUCAAGAACCCUGACAUCAAGAGAAACCUUGACCCGAAUUACAGCUUUGGAGUGCAUCAUGGUCACAAUACAGCUCUCCAUUUUGCCGCAAUGCACGCCAUGAAAGCAUUUAUACGUGAAUUCUUGGAGGAAAGAGCGAACCCCAAUAUUCGAAAUGGCGCUGGCCAGAAUGCACUGCACUGUAUUUGUUCAACCUACCGGCGCGGUGAGACAUCGGUUGACAAAACCAGAGCAGAAUGUUUGUCGAAUCUACUGGCGUGGAAUGCAAACCUCCAAGAGGGAACAGCGAUUGAAAUCGAUGCUCGGGACGAGGCUGGAAACACUCCCCUUCAUUACGCUGCAAGCUCUGGACUAUAUCAAUGUGUUCAACUGUUGGUUGCCAAUGGAGCGUCACUUUAUGAAGAGAACAGAGAUGGUGAAACAGCUUGUGAUUGUGCAAUAAAAAGGGGAUUUAACUCCAUCGCUUCUUUUCUGGAGUCAAGGAUGGUUUUCUCAGAAUCUCCAAGUGCCAAUGCAAUAGAGGAGCCAUUUCUUUUCAGCAAAGAUGAUGAGAAGCAGUACCGAGGUCUAUGUGCUCAGGAUCUUCAAGAGGCAAAGGACUUGAUGCUUGUAGAAACUGCUGACAUGCUCAGGGUCCCUCUGUUUACUGCUGAAGGGCUGCUACGAAAUCAUGAAUGGUCAAAGGAAGCUUUAAUUGAAGCAUGGAUGGCAGAUCCAGUUGCAGCUUGUGAAAAAGCAGGAGUCACUCUUCCAGAAAAUCAUGUGACAGGCAAUGCCGAGCUUGAAGAGAAAGCCCGACUUACAAUGAAAAGCAACUUUAGAUCAUCUGAUGUUUGUUCCAUCUGUGAGGAUAGAAUAGUCUAUGAAGAUGUUCCACUGUCACUUUCUUGUGGCCAUGAAUUCUGCCGUCCCUGCUGGGAGGGUUAUUUGAAUGUAAAGAUCAAGGAAGGCAAAGCUCACAACAUACAGUGUCCUGCAUUUGAUUGUAGUUCUCUUGUGCCUGUGGAAACUAUUGAAAGUCUUGUCUCAAGAGAGAUGGCCAGAAGGUAUCUUCAGUUUGAUAUCAAGGCCUUUGUUGAUAGUAACCCUACACUGAAAUGGUGCCCUUCCCCCGGAUGUGGCCGCGCUGUAAGGCUACCAUCAAGUAUGCUUCCCUCACUGCAUGUUGCUGUUGAAGCACGUUCUUCAGAGGAAACAGAACCUAUGAUCGUAGACUGUGGCCAUGGACAUUUCUUUUGUUGGCAUUGUCUAGAUGAAGCCCAUGCACCUUGCACUUGUCAACUGUGGAGUAAAUGGCUGAAAAAAAUUGCAGAAAUGAUGCCAAAGAUACCAACAAUGCGAGACAUUUCCGAAUGCCCUGAAACAGAAACAGUAGCUAACACACUCUGGCUGGUAACUAAUUCAAAAUCCUGUCCCAACUGCAAAUCACCUAUUCAGAAAAACGAAGGAUGUAACCAUAUGAAAUGUACAAAGUGUAAACAUGAGUUCUGCUGGGUUUGUUUAGAGCAAUGGAAAAAGCACAGUUCUGCUACUGGAGGAUAUUUUCGGUGUAAUCGAUUUGAGAUUGUACAGAAAGUUGAAUCAGAGUCUGCCAAGUUAGUUUCGGAGGCUAGUGCACGCAAUGAUCAAAUCACAGAGUUAAAUUGUUUUCUACAUUACUACUCUCGCUUCAAGAAUCAUGAAAAUAGUUACAAGUUUGAGGAACCUCUUUUAAGUACAGCUAAAGAUAAGAUGACAGCACUGGCCGUUGCCGCCAUGGAAACAGCAGCGACAUCAGCAGAAAAUGUAGACACGUCAUUCAUUGAAGACGCUGUGCAUGAAUUGCUGAAUGCAAGAAGAGUUCUGAGAGCUUCGUAUGCUCAUGGGUUCUACCUUACUGGCAACAAAGACAAGAAAGCCAUCUUUGAGUCAAUGCAGACUGAAGUAGAGGAAGCGACGGAGACCCUAUCACAAAUGGUGGCUCGACCGUACUUAAGAACCCCCCGUGCACAGAUUAUCCAAACCACGCAACUUCUACAUAGGAAACGAGAAGAUUUCUUGUUAGCUUUGUCUCGCGGUCUCAUCCCUGAAGACGACAUGCUACCAGAGCCCAGGAGCUUUGUGCCUAGGUGGGAAUUUCUUCAAGUUGUUAUUNUGUUUUACUGUGCUCCUGAGAAAACAAUUUUGAUUUCCAGGGUAAAGGUGGUCUCUUUCGUAACUCGCACCGACGUAACGCAACGCUCCCCGUUCGGGGAUCGUUGCGUGACCCCAGACGGGGAGCAUUUCAUGUCUCCAGCGUGA